CCCUGCUAGUUAAUGGAAUUACAUACCUAUGUGCUACAAACAACACCUUAGACAGCACAGGACCAUUUGCCUUUCUUAAAGAGAUUUGCAAAGCUUUCAUUGGUAGCCCCUUGAUAUCACAAGUGACCUUUGCUCAUCCAUUUGAAUUCAACGCAGAUUUUCAACAGGUGCUGGGGAAAUUCAUGAUGGAGUACAAUAGGAAGUCAGGUGACAUUGUAAUUUCUACCCUGCAAAUUCAAGUUGAUGAUGUCAAAAAUGUUAUCACCCAAAAUGUUGAUAAGGUUUUGCAAAGAGCAGAAAAGCUGAGUGACCUUGUUGACAGAACAGAUGAUCUCCAAAUAGCGGCUCAUUCUUUCCAAAAAACCACCACAAAGAUUUCCAGGAAGAUGUGGUGGAAAAAUGCCAAAAUGAUGAUAAUUAUUGGAGUCAUUCUACUUAUUAUUUUAAUAUUUAUCAUUCUCCUAGCUACAGGUGUUAUUCCAACAUAAACUUUUGAAUUUUUUUUUGCCAAGCA